GGAAAGGGCUUAAAAUUGUAAACUUGAGACCCAGCCAACAAGUGAUCAUUCUCCUGACUGGCACUCACAAAAGUGAAAAGAGACUUGCAACAAACAGCGAUCCAGCAAUCCACUAACUGGAGCACCAUGACUGCAGAGGCCAUUCCUUGUGGCUUUUCAGCACCAUUGCCUGUAACAGACUGUGGGAAAGGAUCUGGAGCCUCAAAGACAAGAAAAUGCUGCACUCCUACUCUGAAGAUGUUCUUGGCAGCUCUAGCUUUAUCCUACUUUUGCAAAUCCUUAUCUGCAAGCUACACCAAAAGUACCAUCACUCAGAUAGAAAGAAGAUUUGAGAUUCCAAGCUCCGUCGUUGGCAUUAUUGAUGGGAGUUUUGAAAUGGGGAACCUGCUGGUGAUAUCUGUUGUAAGCUACUUUGGAGCAAAGUUUCACAGACCAAAGCUAAUUGGAGCAGGAUGCCUGCUCAUGUCCAUGGGGACACUGCUCAUGGCACUGCCACACUUUCUCAUGGGACGCUACCAUUAUGAAUCUGUUGUAUCCACUUCACCUGUUCCUAACAUCACGAUGCUCACUCCAUGUUCAAAAGACUCCAGUCCUUCGUUAGCCCAGGAUGUCCUCCAACAGUCAGUAACUGCUUGUGAAAAAGAGCAGAGAUCUUCAAUGUGGGUGCUCGUACUGCUUGGGAACAUGUUGAGAGGAGUUGGAGAGGCUACUACAGGACCGCUGGGUAUUUCAUUCAUUGAUGAUUUCGCCAGGCCAGAAAACUCAGCUUUUUACAUUGGUUGUCUCCAUACCAUUGCUGUGAUUGGUCCUAUCUUUGGUUUCACUCUGGGAUCGUUCUGCGCCAGACAGUAUGUGGACAUUGGCUUUGUCAACCUAGAGACUGUGACUAUCACUCUGAAGGACAUGCGCUGGGUUGGGGCAUGGUGGCUGGGAUUCAUAGUGGCCGGUGGACUCACCCUGCUUACUGCUCUGCCCUACUGGUUCCUGCCAAGAUCUCUGCCAGAGGAGGGGGGAAGCAGAGAGACGUAUGACAGCCCUGAAGAACAGUCCCACCGGCAGGCUGUUCAGACACACAUCAAAACCAGGAUAAAGGAAAUAGCAAAAGGUUUUUUGCCAUCUUUGAAACGUCUGCUUACCAACAAAAUAUAUGUCCUCUAUGUGAUUUCCAGUAUUCUUAUGUUCAAUGGUUUUGUCAUCAUAUUGACAUACACACCAAAAUACCUUGAGCAGCAGUUUGGACAAAGCGCAUCCACUGCAAACUUUCUCAUAGGGGUUACUACUAUGCCGUCUGUGUCUCUUGGGAUUUUCAUCAGUGGAAUCAUCAUGAAACGAUUUAAAUUAGACAUGGAAGGAGCUGCAAAGGUGGCUUUCUGGACAUCCAUUUGCGGCUACCUGUGCACCCUGCCUUACUUUGCUCUUACCUGUGAGAACUCGAACAUUGCCGGGCUGACUGUUUCUUACGAAGGGUCAGAGCGAAUCAAGAGCAAAGAUGGCAGUCUUCUGUCUCUGUGUAAUUCUGCCUGUGCUUGUUCGCAAAACCAGUGGGACCCAGUGUGCGGAGAGAAUGGAUUAACCUACAUCUCUCCAUGUCUGGCUGGCUGCAACUCCACCAGUGGAACUGGAAAAAACACAACGUUCCAUGGAUGCAGCUGCAUUGAAGGCGUUGGAAACGUAACAGGGCAUUUCUCUGCAGUACUAGGACAAUGUCCAAGAGAAGAUAAGUGCACUAUGAUGUUCACCAUCUUCCUUGCUCUGCAGUCACUGAGUUUCUUCAUCUACUGCCUAGGAAGCACUCCUCUUUUCAUUAUAGUCCUCAGGUGUGUGGAACCAGAGCUAAAGGCACUCUCUGUGGGAAUUUACAUGUUGGCUCUCAGAGUACUUGGUGGAAUCCCUGCUCCGAUUUACUUCGGAGCCCUCAUUGACUCCACAUGUGUCAAAUGGGGAAUCAGGAAGUGUGGCGGGAAAGGAGCGUGUAGGAUGUACGACAUCGAAACCUUCAGGUUUCUCUUCCUGGGCCUGGUUUUGAGUCUCCGUGGAGUGGGAUACAUUCUGUUCUGGAUCACCAUCCUUCAGAUGAAGAAACAGGGCAGAAAGGACAAACGACUCACAGAAGAGGUGGAGUUAAAGUUGAAGCAGAGUUCUAAUGACAAAAUUGACAAGGAAGAAAAUAAUAGUGUUGACCCAGAGUAAAAAAAAAAACUGUCAGGUACCCGAAAGACACUACAACACUGGAAUGCUUGUCACUGAUCUUUGUCACCCACCAUUGCAAAGACUCAUAUAUUCAAAUAAAUGGUUGGUAAUUUGCUAAACCAUUAAAUGGAAUAUCUCAGUAGUGCUUACUCAGUUCAUAAUACAAGGCAAUUUCAAUAAUUUACUUCUCUAAAUAAUUUAUUUACGUAUUUGUUUUGUGUGUGUCAGGAUGUAGACUAGACAGGUAAAACAUAUUCUUUAUUAUGCAAGUACCUCAGAGAGUUUUGUUUAAUGUGUGGUCAACACAGCAUAAAAUAAAUAAGUCUACCACUAGGGAGCAGCAGAAGAACAAAUUACUGGUUUUCCUGACGUGCUAAGUUCCAUUUAACAAUGAAUUGUCCAUAUUAUGGUAUGAGCUUUCUCACCCACUGUAGAUACUUUUGGCGAGUCAGUGUAGCGAACUUCUAUCAGUUUGUUGAGACUAUAGGUGAAUUAAUGCUAAUCUCAUUCAUGUACUCAAUACUUGCCCAACACAAAACAAUUACACUUUUGGGUGCCAUUAGUGUAAAAACACAUGUGAAAAGUGUUUUCUCUCAAGAAAAACAAGCCUCCAUUUUGAACUGGAGAUCCUCAUCUUUUUAUUUUGGAUUUACUGUAUGUGCUUUAAAAGGCAGAAGGACAUGAGGAGGUGGGUUGCUGAUGUUAUUGGCACAUGUUUUAAAACUAAGAAGAGUCCAGAUUCUUCUGUAGAAGGAAUUCAAUGAAUCAAUGACCAUAAUCAGAGUCUAAAAAUUGGUGUGAAGCCUUAACAGCUCUGUAGAAGCAUUGUUUCAUACCACUGGGUCCCCUGGAGGUUUCAAAUGAAUGGAAUCAUUGUAAGGUUGUGAAGAACUGACAUAAAAAGGCUAGAUACUGUAUUUAAAAUGAAGUUCAGUAUUAAAAUUGUAUGUAUCUGGGAUCCUGAAUGACUCAACAUGUAAAGACACAGGCCUGCGCUCUGUUGCUGUCUUGUCCUUCUCACAGUGAUGGUUUUUAAUAAAAAUAUUUUUUUUGGCA